AUGGCCAGACGAGUUUCUCAGGGGACCAAGGAUAUCUACGCAACCUGUACGCUUGUCAUCAGCCAGGAACAGACCAUGCUUGCAUCCCAGUCACAAUUUGUAGCUGUUCUGGUACUUGUGGUUUUAACAGCUGUUCAGGGUCAGGAUGACAGACGGAGGGCAGUGACUGAGCAUCAGCUGUUGCAUGACCGUGGUCGCACCAUUCAGAGUCUGAAGAGACUCAUAUGGCUCUCCAGUGCUAUCGAAGGGCUCCACACAGCUCAAGCUCGUGAUGUUGUUGACAACGACAACAACGACCCUUCCAGGUGCUGCUCGAACCGUCUACAGCAGCUCAUUGCUCAGGCUAGCAGGGACAGCAAUGGACACAAGGGGGCGAUGGAGUCAAUGUUCAGUGACAUCUUCAGACCGCAAAUUACGGCAGUACUGCCAGGUCCAGAAAAAUAGCUUUUACUUGUAUAGUUCAUGGUUUCUAAACUUUGUGCCAAUGAAAUGAGUGUGCUCCCGAAUGGCCUCUUAUUUCACUGUACAGGAGAUGUAUUUGUAGACAGAAUUUCACUGGUGUACAUUGCCAUUAUGCGUGAGUGUGUGUGUGUGUGUGUGUGUGUGUUUUCUGCCAACCUCAUUGUUUAGUCUGUUCACAUGUUGCCAGCACUGCUACUGUUGUGAAUAGGAAAGAGAUCAUAUUGUGGACUGGUCGAGGGAACACUUGAAAGAAAAUCAGAAAUACUGGAUUGUUUCCUACUCAGGAUCAUUAUGGACAGGGAAAAUGUGUUUCAGAUAUAGGAAAUGUGCAGGUCUCCAUGUGGCUUUGCUCUGCAGCGUCAUAUGCAGUUAAGCAGAAAAAAUGACAUAGUUGAAAGGUCAAGACUGAAUACUGAAAGGUUGACAAAUAAGACCUGUGUACAGUUCAAUAAAAGUUUUUUGGUUUA